GGGCGCGUCACUUCCGGUGCGUCUCUGCGCCGCGCGAGGGCGGCACCUCCGGGCGACCGGGAGGCGGUGCGCGCGGUCCCCAGGGGCGUCUGGGCUUCGGGCCAUGGCCGAGUCCGCCCCCGCCGGGGAGCCCGGGGACGGCGACCCCACGUGCGUGUUCUGCCGCAUCGCGCGGGGGCAGGAGGCCGGCACCGAGCUGCUGCACUGCGAGAAUGAAGACCUGGUUUGCUUCAGAGAUAUCAAGCCAGCAGCACCUCAUCAUUAUCUUGUGGUACCGAAGAAGCACAUCAGAAAUUGCAAAGAUCUAAAGAGAGAUCACGUAGAAUUGGUUGAGAACAUGGUAACUGUUGGCAAAACCAUCCUUGAAAAGAAUAAUUUCACAGACUUCGCAGACGUGAGGAUGGGCUUCCACAUGCCGCCGUUCUGCUCCAUCUCCCACCUGCACCUGCACGUCCUGGCGCCCGUCAGCCAGGUUGGCUUCGUGUCCAGGCUGGUUUACAGAGCGAACUCCUAUUGGUUCAUCACGGCUGAUUACUUGAUUGAAAAACUAAGAACAUGAAAACAUCAGCAGUGGAAGGUUUUCCUAAUCUUGGCACAAUAUAAAUUAAUGUUUUGGUCCCUUUAAAGUCUAAUUUUUGCAAUUUUAAGGUUUGUGGGGUUUUAUAAGAAGCUGCUGCUGUGUCGCUUUAAUCUUCCCUGAAUGUCUGUUUCUUGGGAUCUGUGAUACACUUACAGAACUAUUUGUCAGCAACUUGGUUGUUUUAAUGCUUCUCUUUAAGAUUUAAGCGUAAGAAACUGUAGGUAAAAUUUCAUUUAAUACAAAUUCUGUUAAUCAAGAUGGGCACUAUAGUUUUUAAAAGUUCAAAUAAUUUCAUUUCUCAGUAAUUUAUGAAGAAUAAACUGGUAUAGCAAGUUUUUUGGAACCUUAAUUACUGUGGAAAAAAGUUGUUUCUUGAUAGUUUAUAGUUUUACACAUAUAUUUUCAAAAUCAUACCGUACCAUACAGUCAUCUCUGAUCUUGCUAAUGGGAAGACAUUGUAUAUGUGUCCCUUUCUACUCGAAUUUUGAUAUUGAUUUCCACUUCUUAAAGCCUAGCAUCUUCUAUUAAAUCGAUCCUGCAAGUUACAUGAUGCAGUGGUUCCAUUAGCCAUGAAGCAUAUGGGCCAAGACCCUCAGUGAGCGCCUGAAAUCCAGAGCCCUAUAUACACUGUGUGUGUUAAUGUUCUUACGUACACAUACAUGCCUGUGAUGGGGUGGAAUUUAUAAACUGGAGUGAGAGAUUAACAGCAGUAAUCACCAAGUAGGAGUUGUGAUAGUAUACGGUAAUGCUCUUGCCAGCCUGCCUCUUGCACUACUAAGUAGAACGAAGGUUAGCCGAGGGCUAGGAAUGUAGCUCAGUGGCAUAAGCACGUGCCUGGCAAGCGCAAGAUGUGAGCUUGGUUCCCGGUUCCAAAAAAGAAGGUUAGCUGAAAACAUGCCUCUGUGACAGCGAGUCUGAUAGCUGAGGUGCUUACCCCGGGGGGUGGUGUUUGCAGCAUGCAUGACUCAUGUUCCAGGUGCGUGAGAUUUCAUAGUGCUGCUCAGCGUGACAUGUUUAAAAGAGUUGGAUUAUUUAUUUCUGGAAUUUUUAUCAUUUUUGGUUGACCUGCCAGGUAACUGAAUCCAUAGAAAGUACAGCCACACAAAGUGAAACUUUGGGUAAUGGAGGACUACUGCGGUGUCGUUUCUAACAGGAACUUACUGCAUCAGGCAGUUCUGCUGUCUACAAGUCUGUAAGGAGGUAGAAGAGGAAGAAACAGAAGAGUGGUUCCGUUGUGUUAAAACUGACGGAAACUGCUGCUUUAUGGCAUGUUUUUUAAAACAAAAGGAAGUUAGAAUAAAAAGUACUUAGACCUUGAUCAUAUCUUGAAGAAGACCUGAUUUGAAAGUAGAAAUAGAUAGGCUUAGUGAGGAAAUUUAUUUUCAUGACAUAAUAUUGCUAGCAUUGGAACAGCGUCUGGUGAAGCAGGUUUCAUUGGGAGUGGUCUUCGGGUGCGGAUCUGCAGUCAGAGUAGGAGGGCGGCAUAGGUGCUGACGCUGGUCCUGUGCGGUGCCCGUGUGUAGUGCCACGUACACAAGUAGGAGCAUGAAUAUCGUCUUGGAAAUGGGCUGAGAUUACCAGCUUGCAUUCCUCAUUUUGUGGUAUUAAAUAUAACGGUAAAUAAGGAAAUACUUAUGUUUACAUCACGUGGAAUUUAGCUGGUUGAUUAAUUUAUUCAGCAAACAUUUAUUGAACUUUUGACUUGUAGCAGACACUGCCAACAUCAGGCAGUAAGGACAUGAGCGAGGACAGUUGGUCGUUAAUGCCUGACACGGAACAGGCAGACGCAGAGCAGGUUCCCGGGGUGCAGUGCCGCAGUCUGUUCAGAGAAGGGCUGCGGAGGGAGGGAGCGCUCCUGAGAGUGGCCACCGCCAGGGCGAGUGUUCGGGACGUGGUGUUAGGGAGGCGGAGUGGCAGUGCAGACUGUGAAACCCACAUGUAGUGCCUGGAGUUCUGAUUUCUGUGUUACUAACUUUACAAGUGAUGUGAAGAUCCAGAUUUCAGCCUAUUUACCUGAGCUGAGAGAGGGAUUUACAAGGAAGGUGAUGGGCUGUCUGAGAUUUGCAGGUUUUUAGCCCUGCUUUGUGAAGCAGCUCACUGAGCACUUACACAGACCCACAGUUACAAAUGUCUAAAAAUCAGUGAAAAUGUGGCUAGCCUCCAAGAGGAUUUUCAGUGUGUACACUCUUUGAAUGCUUUACUGUGUGAACUUGGAAUGCUGUAAGUGACAAUAUCGUGAUAAUAGCAUGAAGUAUUUAAGGAAUUGGGAAAUGCCUUAAAAACCUGUACAAAUGUGAUUAGCCAAUUGGAUAUAAGUUGAGCAGAUCUUUCUUUGUUGGAAAACCCUUGGAACACAUUUUUAGUAGAAGUUCUCUUUACUUGCAAAGAUGAGUAAUCAGAUUACAAUUAAAAUUCACAUAGCCUGUUUGGUAGUCUGUUUGGUAACUCCUAUCCAUAACAUUGUUUAAAGCAAAGCUAAUUCAUAACCUGUCUUAAAAAAUGUUUAGUGUUGAUAUCAUUAUUUAUGUAUGUUAUGAUACUGCUUGUAUAAUUGUGGAAUUUAAAAUAAAUUAUUUUAAUUUAGAUCUAA